AGGCGAGAACCAUGGCGGCGGUCUUGUUGGCGAGGUUGUGCUUUCGCUGUGUUGUACGCUUUUCUGACCGAGAGUACAAGCGUUGAAGAAAUAACAUCGUGGAAAUCAAAACAGACGGAAACAUGGUACGUAAUAUAUCAGAAGUAAUGACUGUCUUUCCAUUGUUACCGUGUAAGAAGUUACCUAUGUCAAUAUAACCUCAAAUAGAGCAGAAAAAUGAAACGUCAUUUUCAAAAUUGUUCAUAAUAAAGCAGCCAAAUAAUUGACACAGCUAAUUUUUUCUUAUUUUUGUCAUUGACAUACGAUUGUAACAGAUGACUAGACAAUUUAUAAGUAUUUAAUUGUAAUAUCAAUAGAGCCAUACCAGUGAUUCUAGCGAGUCAGAUGACGGCGGAGACGAUCAAGAAGGGUCUUCUUUCUCGGAAACGAACAUCGAGGAUGCUCUGACAUCCUUCAGAGAACAGUGGCAACGUGAGUUAGAAAUAUCACCCAAGAGGGAUCAAGCUAAGAUGCAAUCCACGAAAGCAAUUAAAGUUGAUGUUUCUAAUGAUGAGGAGUCCAUUGAAAGCAAGGCAAAAAGUUUGUUCUUAAAAGGAAUUGAAUAUGAAGAAAGAAGAAAGUUCUAUGAGGCAAUUCAAUUUUACAAACGUGCUGUGCUAUUAGUUCCUGAUAUUGAAUUUCGUUUAUACGACUCAACUAAAGUAAAAUCAAGUGAUGAUAGUCACGAAGGAUUUAAUAACGACAUAAACAAUAUUGCUGACAAUGUUGAACAUAAUGAUGAAGAUGAAGAAGAAAGUGAUUUGUUUGUUAAAUUAUGCAAAAUUGUAAAUCAAAAUAAAUGCGUUUGUUUCCCCAAGUUUGAGCAAACUACAACACAUAUUUCUGCUUUACCUAUGGAAAUAGUACUUUAUAUCCUAAGAUGGGUUGUAUCUUCAGAGCUUGACUUCAGGUCUCUUGAAAUGUUCUCCAGAGUAUGCCGUGGAUUUUACAUAGCUGCAAGGGAUACAGAAAUAUGGAGACUUGCCUGUAUUAGAGUAUGGGGAGUAAAUUGUGGUACCUAUGCUCCAAAAUAUCAAUCGUGGAGAGAUAUGUACAUACAACGGCCUAGACUAAGAUAUAAUGGAUGUUAUAUUAGUAAAACCAGUUACAUUCGUGAUGGUGAGAAUAGUUUCCAAGAUCGAUUUUAUAGACCUUGGCAUCUGGUAGAAUACUUCAGGUACCUGAGAUUUUUUCCCGAAGGAAAAGUUUUGAUGCUAACUUCGACUGAUGAAGCCCAAAGUUGUGUAAAUUCUUUAAAAUAUCGCACACCACGGAAUCCAUCGGUUCUUAUUGGCCACUAUAGAUUGCACGAUACUUGCGUUAUUCUGAUACUCAAAAAACAAGAAAUAAAAGGAGUUAAUACGUACAGAAAGAAGAAAAAGGAGACUAUGCAUGAUAGCGGGGAACAAACAUUUCAUAUUGAAUUUGAAAUUCAAGAUCAUCAUAGACGGUUAAAUUCGCAAUUGAAAUGGCUGAGUUAUACUAUAUUCACAAAAUACAGAAAUGGACACGAAGCAAAAAUGUGCUUAAAGGAACCAUCUGUAAAAGAAUGGAGAGUAUCGGCUAUUGGAGGGCGAUAUCCAUCGCUUAAAUUUAGCAGAGUUAAAAGUUAUACUCAAGAAAGUGAAGCUCCUCUACAA